AUGCCUGGCACCAGCGCACUUGCGCGUUUCGCGCACCGUCAGCCCCCCUGCCCCAACUUGCGCGCUGCGGGCCGCCGCUUGUGCGCGCAGCACUAUGGUGUGGAUAUCGGCAGGAAGACCGCUGAGGAGAAGAAGGCCGCUGAGGCCAAGGAGGCCGCCGCUGAGGAGCCCAAGGAGGGCUCCAACCACGUGAAGCGGAAGAUGAAGGAGCGCACCCGCGGCCGCAAGCUGGACGCCCACCUGGCGGAGCAGUUUGCCCUGGGCCGCCUGCUGGCCUGCAUCAGCAGCCGCCCCGGGCAGUGCGGGCGCUGCGAUGGGUACAUCCUGGAGGGCAGGGAGCUGGAGUUCUACACCCGCAAGAUGCAGAAGAAGGCCAAGAAGCACGCCUAG